AUGAGUGGAAUACAUAGGCGAAAACAUGUGGCCCCGCUAGAUACGGUGGAGAUGGCACUGCAGCGUCGCUUGCUGGGUAGUAAUGGUGCUGCUGUUGUUGUACGCGUGAUUCGUCGCCGCAGUGAUCUUCACCCGCAGACAUCACCACUCUGGCAGCAAACAGACACCAUUGCACCGUCACCAAAACUAAAUAGGAAGAAAAGUGCUCGAAAGCAACGUGUAAUAUGUGCCGCAUGUCGUCUUAGUAAAUUAGAAUGGCCGUACUGUGGCAUCUCAGGAGACCCACAUGUUUCGGAGGAAGCGAUCUCGUGA